AUCACUAGUAGUCGAUAAUGUUGGAUACAACUUUCUGUGGUGUUCAGUUGUUAAAAACAAAUAGGCUGAAAGUUUCUCAACUCCAGAUUAUGAAAAUGGUACUUGGAAAACUGAAAACUAUCUAAAUGAUUGUCUUUGGCUGGGCCGUGUUCUUAGCAAGCAGAAGCCUCGGCCAGGGUCUGCUGUUGACUCUUGAGGAGCACCUAGCCCACUUGCUGGGGACGAGAGGCACCAUGGGCAAUUCUUGCAUCUGCCGAGAUGACAGUGGAGCAGAAGACAGUGUGGACACUCAGCGGCAGCAGUCUGAGAACAGUGCAGCGCCCACUACUGAUCCACGGAGCCACUCCAGGGACCCUGUGCGGCCACCAAGGAGAGGCCGAGGACCACAUGAGCCACGGAGAAAGAAACAAAAUGUAGAUGGCUUGGUGCUGGACACACUGGCAGUGAUACGAACUCUUGUAGAUAAUGAUCAGGAACCUCCCUACUCAAUGAUUACAUUGCACGAAAUGGCAGAAACAGAUGAAGGAUGGUUGGAUGUUGUCCAGUCUUUAAUUAGAGUUAUUCCAUUGGAAGAUCCACUGGGACCAGCUGUUAUAACAUUGUUACUAGAUGAAUGUCCAUUACCCACUAAAGAUGCGCUCCAGAAAUUAACUGAAAUUCUCAAUUUAAAUGGGGAAGUAGCUUGCCAAGACUCAGGACAUCCAGCGAAACAUAGGAACACAUCUGCAGUACUAGGCUGCUUGGCUGAGAAACUGGCAGGUCCUGCAAGUAUAGGUUUACUUAGCCCAGGAAUACUGGAAUAUUUGCUACAGUGCCUGAAACUACAGUCCCACCCCACAGUCAUGCUUUUUGCACUUAUUGCGCUGGAGAAGUUUGCACAGACAAGUGAAAAUAAAUUGACUAUUUCUGAAUCCAGUAUUAGUGGCCGGCUUGUCACGUUGGAGUCCUGGGCUGAUGAUCCUGAUUAUCUGAAACGUCAAGUUGGUUUCUGUGCCCAGUGGAGCCUUGACAAUCUCUUUUUAAAAGAUGGUAGACAACUGACCUAUGAGAAAGUGGACUUGAAUAACAUUAGGGCUAUGCUGAAUAGCAACGAUGUCAGCGAGUACCUGAAGAUCUCUCCUCGUGGCUUAGAGGCUCGCUGUGAUGCCUCCUCCUUUGAAAGUGUGCGCUGCACCUUUUGUGUAGAUGCUGGAGUGUGGUACUAUGAGGUAACGGUGAUCACCUCUGGCGUCAUGCAGAUAGGCUGGGCCACUCGAGACAGCAAAUUUCUCAAUCAUGAAGGCUAUGGCAUUGGAGAUGACGAGUACUCCUGUGCAUAUGAUGGCUGCCGGCAGCUGAUUUGGUACAACGCCCGAAGUAAGCCUCAUCUACAUCCCUGCUGGAAAGAAGGAGACACGGUAGGAUUUCUUUUAGACUUGAAUGAAAAGCAGAUGAUCUUCUUUUUAAAUGGCAAUCAGCUGCCACCAGAGAAACAGGUCUUUUCCUCAACUGUAUCUGGAUUUUUUGCUGCAGCAAGUUUCAUGUCAUAUCAACAAUGUGAGUUUAAUUUUGGAGCAAAACCAUUCAAAUACCCACCAUCUGUAAAAUUUAGCACUUUUAAUGACUACGCCUUCCUGACACCUGAAGAAAAAAUAAUUUUGCCAAGGCAUAGGCGUCUUGCUUUGUUGAAGCAAGUCAGUAUCCGAGAGAAUUGCUGUUCCUUGUGUUGCGACGAAGUAGCAGACACACAGCUGAAGCCAUGUGGACACAGUGACCUGUGCAUGGAUUGUGCCUUGCAACUGGAGACCUGCCCAUUGUGUCGUAAAGAAAUAGUGUCUAGAGUCAGGCAGAUUUCUCAUAUUUCAUGACAUACGUGAAAAAACAUCAUGGACUUAUUUCUACCUGAUUCCAGCCAAUGUUGAAAAAGAAAAAAACUCUUAAACAUCUUUAAUCAGUUGUAUGCACAUUGAAACUUAUAGCCAUGGCCAGAUUUUAUGCUAAAAAAUGGUAGUUUGUAAAAGACAAAAUUCUCUUAGAAUCUAAUUCAACAUGUCCACCCUGAGAAAUUCCUUUUAAGGCCAAGAAGAGCUGAAUGCUAACAGCUAGACCUGUGGUACUUCCACGAGAAACAGUCGUAGGAGGUGCCCUCCUAAGUGCUGUAAACACACCAGAAUUCUCCAUGUUGGGUUCAUAUGAUUGUUUAAUGCGGGGUGUUUGAUAUCAUAAGUCUAUGGUUUUUAUUUGGUGCAGAAAUAACUGAAGAAGUAAAUGACAGUGUUUCUGCAGUUAUUGUAACUUCCCACUAAUCAGAGAGACAUUCUUGUGUUAAGUGUGGAUAUUGUACUGCAAGACUUGAAUUUGUAAAAGUAGAGUUUCCAGGUCAGAACUACAAGCAACGUGGAAGACCUGAAAGAACGUGCACAGACUGUAGGAAAAAAAACUCCAGUUUUUUUUAUAUUUCAGUGAUUCCAAAGAACAUUCUAGUUUUUGGGUUUUGUUGUUGUUUUUAAUGACAGAAAAUUGGUGGUAUUUUCACAUUCAUGGUGUUUCUAUCCAAUUACAGUACCCACAUUUUAUGAGGAAAAAUGUUUUACUGAUGCAGGAGAAAUUCCUACAUUAAUUGCAAUGUUAGACUGGAGAAAAUGUGGUAUUUUAGGAUAUUUUUAAGGUAUCAUUAAAUCAGACUAUUUGUUUUUGUUUUAAAAAAGUUUUUUUGAUCAGUAUUGGUCUUGGAAGUAUAUACUCUAAAACUCUUGACCUAAUAGUCUCAAAAACAUCAAAGGACAGUCUGAGAACACAUAUUACUGUUGUUUUUAAAUAAAUACAUGAUUUUGAAUAGU